AUGGAAAUCUAUGAUCUUCAGAAUAUUCAAUUCGAAGAGCUGGCGCAAGAACUGGAAUAUACUGUCGACCUUGAGAGAGCAAUGAUCCUCAAAACCGAGGAAAUUCCAAAAAUAUUAGACUUUUUAUACGUUAACUACUCAAAAUACAUCAAUGAUACAUCAAAUGUUAUUUACACGUCCCUAAACAAGCCCAUUGGGCUGAACGCCAGAAAGCCAAAAGCGUCCUUUAACCAGCUAUCUUCAUAUCAAAGGUUAUCUGAAAUUUUUUCGGAAGUAGCAACGCAAAUCAGUUUGAUGUUAAAAGAAAUCAAAGAAUAUUUAAUGCCAAAACUUAACUUUUGCAUUGAAUACGCGACGAAAACAACCGAAGAAAUUUUCACUUCCUCAAAAGAGCUCGAAAAACUCUACCAAGAAACUAGGGCAGGAAUUGUUUCUAAUUACGCAUCACUAAACUCCCUUGCCAAAGACAUUGUUACGUAUAAGAAAAAGAAUGAUACUGCAAAGUUGCAACAUAUCACAUAUCAAUACAUGAACAAGCUCAAAGUCUCUAAAGUCAUGUCAAGGAACCUCAACUACCAAUUUAGCCAUUACGACAAGUUCGCAAAGACAUCAAUUAAAAAAUUGAGAGAAUUGGACAUGGCAAGAGCCCAAAUCUACUUAGAUUUCAUUCUUAAAUUAUCGGACAUAUACACCGAUUCAUCUCUUAAUUACUUAAGAGUAUUUGCUGAAAUGGAAAAGAAAUAUACGAAAUAUGCCAAACUUUUCUCAGGAGAAAAAUAUUUGGAAGGAUUUAUUGCUAUGCAUGGCAUUUUCCGGACAAACUUAUCUGAUGUUGCAUUUUAUCCACCACCGAAUCCGUUUACAGAGGAUCACGACUUCAUCAUGCGCCCAACGCAUAUCGAUGUGCCACCUGUAGACUAUCCUCUCUUCGUUGGAAAAGCGAUUUACGAUUUUGAUUCGCGUAACAUCAAUGAAGUUUCUAUUAGAAUAGGCGAAACGAUCUAUCUCUAUGAGAAACCAUUCGGAAAUUGGGUUCUUGCCUCGCACAAUAAAGUAUUUCCAGAAGGAUUUGUUCCAACAGCAGCAAUUACGACCAUUUAUACAAAAAUGGGAAUAACAAUGGAGACAAAGGUCGAAAACGGAGAAUAUCUCGGAAUUUAUCCAACUGCUCAUUUCAUCAUCGAAAAAGAUGACGGAGAAAACUAUAUUGUUAGGAAUAUAGAUAACAAAGUUGGUAAAGUUAAGAAGACAGAUAUUCUUGUUGAUGAGAAAUUCUUAUUUAUUGUAAAUUUUCAUGCGGAAUAA